UGAAGUCAAUUACAUUGUAGAUUUAUCCAAAAAGUCAACCCGCUAACAUUUACCAUAUUGUCAGCUUAUCUUAGAUUCUUGUCGCUGUUGUCGGUGUUCAUCACUGAUUAUCUAUUACGCGGAGAUACAAUUCUGAGCAUGAACGACAAGUUGACAUGACACUCGUCUUCAUGCAUGCAACUUGAUUUCCUUCUUCUUCUACUCCGCGUCAUCAUAAAAAGCUCAACGCUCGUCUCUAUCCUCCAUAAAAUAGCGUUGACAAUCAGUAUAAGUCUAAAACUUCAAGAAAUGAAGCUUUCUUUUGUUUUACUUGUUUCUCUUUUUGUUCUUUGCGCUAGCUUAGCUCUAGCCACGACAGAACAAGACGAGAAUCCUUAUGUGUUUGAGGAAAAGCAUUUUACUACAACAUUUGAAGAUCCACUUGGAAAGAUUUCUGUUCUUGAAAAGUUUGAUAAGAAUUCAACGCUUCUGCAUGGAAUAGAGAAUUACCGUGUGGGAAUUAUGGAAGCUAAUCCCCAAGCAUUUAUAGUUCCAAGCCAUUGGGAUGCUGAUGGUGUUCUCUUUGUGGCCAACGGACAAGGAACUAUAGCUAUGAUCGAAGAGAAUGAAAGAAAGAGCUAUAACGUUGAGUUGGGAGAUGUCAUGAGGGUUCGAGCAGGAACUUCUGUUUAUUUCAUUAACAGACAUGACAAUGAGAAGCUUAUCAUUGUGAGGUUAAUGCAACCGGUCAAUCUUUCCGGAGAGUACAGGGCAUUUACUCCGGCAGAUAUUACAAAAUCGGAGUCUUUCUACGAGGCAUUCAGCUGGGACUUGCUUGAGGCUGCUUUCAAAACUGAUAGGAGGAAGAUAGAACAAGUAUUUAAGCAAAAGCAAGAAGCCAUAGUGAAAGCAUCUAAAGAACAAAUCCAAGCUAUGACGCACCGUGACCAACAAGAAGGUGGCACCAUUUGGCCAGAAUCAUCAAGUGGCCCAUUCAAUCUGCUCCGCAAACGCCCUGUUCAAUCCAACAAAUACGGUCAGCUCUUCGAAGCCAAACCUAAUGAGCACAAGGAGCAGCUCAAAGACCUGAACCUUGGCAUCUCCUUAGCCAACAUUACCCGGGGCUCAAUGAGUGGUCCUUAUUACAACUCGAGAGCCACCAAGAUAGCAAUGGUGCUCGACGGUGAAGGCUACUUUGAAAUGGCCUGUCCAUACGUUAGGGUCGGUCGGUCUCGCGAGGAAGAGAAGAGGGAAGGUCAACGUUUUACCAAAAUAAGCGCAAAGUUGAGACGUGGCACAGUGUUCAUUGUCCCUGCAGGUCAUCCGAUUGCUUCUGUGGCAUCGGAAAAUAGUAAUCUGAAAGUAGUCUGCUUUGAGGUGAAUGCAGAAGGCAACACUAGAUUCUCCCUUGCAGGGAAAAACAAUGUAGUGAAACGGUGGGAGAAAGAAGCGAAGGAGUUGGCUUUCGGUGUGCAGGCGAGAGAUGUGGAUGCGGUUUUUGGAAGCCAGGAUGAGGAGUUUUUCUUUCCGGGGCCGAGAAAACAACAGAGACAAGGCCGUGCUGAUACAUGAAAGAUUCGAGACCAUUAGGGUUUGUAAUGUGAAAAGUAGAAAAUAAGGGAGAAGUGGUUUUUAUGCUGUACAUGUAUACAGUCUUGAGGAUCACUGCUGGGUAGUAACUACACUACUGUUAUUAUUAAAUAAAAUGCUAUAUUUAUAUGUACAAGUGUCUUAUACAUGCGAAAUCUUUGGGUUAAA